AUGCUAUCAACUGCAAGAACGCCACGGUUUCGAAAUAUAUCAGCGACUAGAUUAUCGCGUUAUGAUUCAUCGUUGAUAUCGUUAAAUGAAAAACAUCCGGAGGACCAUCGAAAUCCUGAAAAAGAAUGUUUCAUGUGCCGUCAAGCAAAUGUUUAUAUAAAACCGAUUGGUAUGCAACAAGAACGUCGUGUAGCACGACGGCAUCCACCAAUAUUAACACGAACACAAAUAGAAGAAUUACGACAAAAGAAAACUUUAACGAAAAAAGAAGUACGAAAAUUAUUACAAUGUUAUUUUCCUGAAAUAAGAAAUGUAAAAUAUUUUCAAUUACAUAAAUAUCAUUCAUGUUGUUAUGAUCCGAAACAUUUAAAUUUAUGUAAAAAUCAUAUAACAGCAUUACAACAUGAACGUGAACAACAUCUAAGUCAUGAACAUUACAACAAUGAAACAGAUGAAGAUCAUUAUAAAUCAUUUGAAAGAGAUGAUGGAUAUCAAAAUAGAGUUAGUUUUGUUAGAAUUAAAGUCGAACCGACAAAAGGAAUACCAACACGAUUUCUGGCUCCAGUAGCUUUACCAGAGCCACUAGUCGAUAUGCUUAUUAAACAAGUUAAUCGUUUAGAAAAUAAAAGAAAAGCGCCAACAUUUUGUUUACCACCAAUAAAUGUUCCGCAAACCCAAAAGGUCUACAGAUUAGAACAGAUGCGUGUCCAUGGUGCCAGUACUGUGUCAGAACAGUUGCCUACUCUUGUUUCUGAGGACGACGACGAUGUUGAUGAUGAUGAUAAUAAUAAUAAUAACAAUGAUGAUGAAGAUAGAUAUAGUUAUGGUGAUAAUGAUAGUAAUGAAGACAAUGAGUGUGUUGAUACCGUGAAUAGUGGUAUACGUGGUUACUAUGGUAACAUAAUGGGUCGAUCACGCAUAAAAUACGAAGAGACAGUUCAAAUUAAGCAAGAAAAACAAAGCGAGAAGCCAAGAAGAAUCAUCACAAACAAGGAUUUAGUUGUUGAAGAUGUAGAAGAUUUAAAAAAUUUAUUUAUUAAUGAACAAAUACAAACAACAGUUGAGAAGCCUGUCGAACGCUUAAAAAAGAAAAAACGUAAGAAAAGAACUAAAAAACAUUCUCAUACACAUCAAGUACCAAAAUUAAAUCAUUGGGAAGUCAUGGCAUUGGAACAAUCAAAAAAAGAAAUAUGUGGUUGCCGCCAUCACGUUCAAAGGCUUGAAGCUAAUCAAAUAAUGUACGAUUGGUGUCGAUGCAAAGAUCAUCAGCAUAAAGAAGUGAAAGCAAAACAGAAACCUAUACUACCUACUCUCGAAGAAUCAAAACAAAUAACUCCCGUUCCAAAAACACCUAAAGUAGAAACAAAAACAAUUGGCAUUAAUGCAACAGAACCAACAACAACUGAACUUGCAUUAGCUUAUGAUCCAUCAACAGUUGAUUAUGAUGUAAUUCAAGAAACAAUCUAUUAUCGAACUUCAUCUGGAAGAAUGGUUAAACCUGAAAUAACGAAUUCGUUUACUUAUGAUAAUAUAGUAUCAUCGACAAAUCUUAAUCAUCAUCAUAUGUUAACUAAGAAAUCUGAAGUUCUAUUUAUGACCGAUAAAGGUCAAUAUCAACCAAUUCAAGAUGAUCGAAAUCUUCCAAAGAAAAAUCGUUCCUCGUCGACUUUGUCUAAUGCAGGGCUUGCAUCCAAUAGUCAAGAUUUAGUUGAUUCUGAAACGUCAUCAACAAAUAUUAGAGCCGAUCGAAUGAUUCCUAUAAGUAAGAAAACCAUUCUAUCUACGAAAAACAUAGGACGCACGUAUGACGAUGAUGAUAAUGAUGACAAAUCAAUUCAAACUGUUUCACCUGAGCCUAUGCAAGAAAGACCAAUGAAUAAUUCAAUGCAAUCACCUAUAAUUCCAAUGUCACAACGCAAGAGUUCAAAACCUACUUUUGUGAACAAGAGAGCAACACCUAAUUAUGAAAACCAAUCAACUGCUGUCGGUAAUCGCCGUUGGUUUGAUCAACCACUUGGUGAUCAAAAUUUACUUCCUGUGCACGAUGGUCGAUAUGGUCUUAUUGCUGGUACAUCCACUGAUGACUAUGUAGUGAAUAGCCAAUUACCUGAUAAUGAUUACACAGAACAUUAUGCACGUGUACGUAUACCUUCAUUUCGACGUUGUCCGUUUAACUGUGAAAGCAACUAG